AUUGAACUUUUUCACGCGCUUAUUGUGGGGACCGUAACUUUUUUUUUUCUUUUUCCAUAUACGCUCACACCAUGCUUACCACUACCGCCGCACGCAUUGCUCUCAAGACACGACCUUUGGCUCAGCGCUUUUAUGCAACAGCCGCUGGCGCCAAUGCUCUGUUGUUUGUCGAACAUAAAGAUGGGGCCAUCGGUGGUGCGACUUUGAAUGCCCUCACAGCAGCCAGCAAGCUCGGAGGAUCAGUUACUGCCUUGGUUGCUGGUGAUGCCCCUGAGAGCGUGGCCAAAGAGAUUGCGAAAUACGCCGGUGUCUCCAAGGUUAUCACUGCUUCGGAUGCUGCUUAUGCCAAGGCUUUGCCUGAAGACGUGGCUCCCCUUCUCGUUGAACUCCAGAAAAAAUACAACUUUACUCACUUGAUUGCCGGUCAUACUGCGGUUGGCAAGAACAUUAUGCCCCGUGCUGCUGCUCUCAUGGACGUCGCAGCUGUUUCUGAUAUCACAGGCGUUGAAGGCGACGACACUUUUGUCCGUCCUAUUUAUGCUGGUAAUGCUAUUGCUACCGUAAAGUCCAAGGAUGGUGUCAAAGUCAUCACGGUCCGUGGAACAGCUUUCGAAGCCGCCCAAGCUUCUGGUGAUGGAUCGGUGGAACAGGAAGCUGCUCCUGAAGCCGAGAAACCCGCUAUGACUCAAUGGCUCAGCGAAGAGAUUCAAAAGUCGGAUCGUCCCGAUCUCGGUUCAGCUCGUCGUGUUAUUAGCGGUGGUCGUGGUAUGAAGAACGGCGACAACUUCAAGUUACUGUAUGCUUUGGCAGACAAGAUGAACGCUGCUGUGGGUGCUUCUCGUGCUGCUGUCGAUGCCGGUUUCGUCGACAAUUCAUUGCAAGUUGGUCAAACUGGCAAGAUUGUGGCUCCAGAGUUGUACAUUGCUGUCGGUAUUUCUGGCGCUAUCCAGCAUCUUGCGGGUAUGAAGGAUUCCAAGGUCAUUGUUGCUAUCAAUAAGGACGCCGAUGCACCCAUCUUCCAGGUCGCCGACUAUGGCUUGGUAGACGAUUUGUUCAAGGCUGUGCCUGAACUUACAGAAAAACUCUAAAUAAGUGGAUGCAAUCUUGAGUAGAGAGAAGAUCUUGUAUCAAUAAAAAAAAAAGAGAGAAUACAUGCAAGGUGAAUAAGGUAAUGGUUGUCUCAGUUCAUUCCCUGGCUGUUCUUCCUCCGAUCAUCAUUAUCAACAGA